AUGUCAAGUCAAGAUGAAAUUGAAUCACGUGAGGAGCAACGUUUGAGCCGUGCUCUCCAAGGUAAAGUAGGAACCAAUCACAAGGGUAGAGUCACUUCAUGGGCUCCAGUUGUCACCAAGCCAACUCCAACCGUCCCGGUCAACUACUCGGGUACCGCCAGCGGUGGCGGUGUUGACACCCAAUCGCCAUAUGCAAAUGUUGCAGGUCUCUCAAUUAGCGACGAGAAGAUGCGCCAGGAACAAGCACGUCUUAAGAAGUGGGGAUUGGACACCGGUGCCGUCUCUCCAGCAUCGUCGAACGAGGAGCAACCAUCGUCCAGCCAAUCGACUCCAUCGCUAGAGUCGGCGGAGCUCGACGAACAAGCUCGUGUCGAAGAGCGUCGUCUCACAAAGAUGGGACUUAGCUCGAACAACCUCAUCGAGGAGUAUGGAGCACCAACCAAAACAACAACAGCACCAGCAGCAGCACCAUCAAAGAACGACGCACCAGUAGAUAACGCUUCGAUUGCAACCAAUAUCGACGGACACACCAACGAAGAGAAAGUCCGUCAAGAACAGAAGCGUUUGGAGCGUUGGGGACUCAAGAUCAACACUGGUAGCACAUCGCCAGCCAACUCCACAUCACCAGCCGCUUCAAUCUCACCGAAAUCCAACAACAGCAGCAACUCGACAGCCACUCCAGCAGCUCCAUCGAAUCCACUCAACACACAAGCUGCCAACGCUGUUGCCAAGCAAUAUGGAUUGACUGCCGAUCAAGUCCAGCCAUUUUUAGAUCAAUUGAUAUUCGCUGCCAAGGCAGUCAAACUCAUUCUCCACAAGAAAUCAUCGAAUCACGACGUCACAAUCACCACACUCAUGGACAUUGUCAGAGAGUCUGCCAAUUUCGCUCUCACACUCCCAUCCGAUCUCCCAAUUGGCUUUGACAUUUCACAGUCUGCCGGUAGAUUGGCCGGUGCCGUCAACGAACUUGUCAAAGGCGGUGACAACCGUGAACCAGCCCAAACAAUCAAGCUUUACGAAGAGAUUCAAACCAUUCUCGGUGUUCUUUACUUGGGUGUUGUUGCCAAUUAA